CAGUGUUGCCGGGUAUUUAGUAGCAGUGUUGCCGGGUAUUACAACCCAACACUGGAUAUUAUUAACAUCACCAACCUACAGGUUUGUGAAGAAUGCGGAGAAGCAGACGACCCAGCUCAUUUAUUAUUAUGUGAUGGUUGUGAUGUUUCGUAUCACACGUAUUGUCUUAAACCACCGUUGCUACACGUUCCUAAAGGGGGAUGGAAGUGUAAAUGGUGUGUUUGGUGUUUACAUUGUGGGUCUACGAGUCCCGGCAUGAACACUGAUUGGAUGGACAAUUACACCUCGUGUGGUCCGUGUGCGUCAAUAUCUCAUUGUGCGUUCUGUAGAAGGAAUUAUAAAGACGAGGAUAUCAUAAUGCAAUGUUCGCAAUGUGAUAGGUGGUUACACGGUGGAUGUGAGUUUCUUUACAACGAACCGGACAUCGAGAAAGUUUUGGAGAAAGGUUACGUCUGUAUUUUGUGCCGACCCAAAGGUGCGACUCCGCCCCAUCUGGAUCUUAACCCCGCCCCAAGUUUCGAGGGUGAAUUAGGGGUUUUCCCCGGCCGAACCCGCUCGGACAGCGAGGUGGUGAAAGAAUACCAUAAAGAUGGGGUUGCGCUGACCACGGCGGGGUUGCAACAUAUACAACGGUUGAUGCAACAAUCUAUGGGGUUACUGAAGAAGAAAACAACACAACAACGUAGAAGGGGGAGUGUUAAGGCUGUGGAUAUGGAAGGGGGUGUGGCAGUGGAUGUUGCCCCGUUGAUUGAUGAUGUCAUAAUGAUGAAAUCGGAACAAGGAAGUGAUGUCAUCACAGGUGACGUCACAAUGGAUGGUAACCUUGGUAACCCGGGGUUCGUGGGGUUGAAACAAAACGACGGGAAAAGAAGAAGGAAACCCUAUCGGCCUGGUAUCGGAGGGUUCAACGUGAGACAGCGAGGUAGAGGGUCAUAUAUGGGGUCACGGGGUCGCAGGGGUCGACAGGUACCUCGGGGUUCAACAGGUUUUACUCCCGAGCUCACCCAUGACCUUGCGCCUGGGGACCCAAUAAAGAUGGAUCCCACUGUUGAUAUGAACGAGGGACAAACCAGUAGGCUGGUGUCUCCACUUAAACUUAAGAUAUCAACACUUCAACACAAAACUACCAAACGCAAGAAACGAACACGGAUUAUCGACCAGUUCCCUCCGUAUAUACAGGAGGGUUUCUUUGGCAACAAUGUGUUGAAUCUCGCCAAGUUAUCGAACAUGAAAGCUAUCGAGGUUGUUGAAGCCAUUCAUGUGGAACCAAGUCACAGUUCAUCGACAAUCGUUCUUCCGGAACGCGUGAAGUCGCAACUUGACCAGCGGGUGGCGCAGAGAAACGCUGAAGCGAGGAAGAAGGCCGAGUUGAAACAAGAACGACUCCUGGCACGAAGGCUGCCCUCCGGUGACGAAGAUAUGUUGAUGCCGGAAAGCGAGGAUUUAUUACGAGUGUUGCCGGGUGAUCUUGAGUUUAAGGAGGAUGAGUUGUUGGGAAUAUUAGCGGGGGGAUUGAAACAUCAAGGUGACCAGGGCAACCCCGGGAAUAUAUUAAGUCCGAGCGAUCUUGAAACAUUGGUGACAGAUGGCUUGGCAGGGAUGGAGGGCGACGUGUCAUCAUUGUUUAGCGACGUGUUGCAACAAGAUGGAUCAGCUAAUGGUUUGCCACAAGCCGCUGGGAAUUCCCCACAACAGGGAACCGUGACAUCAUCAGCGUACGACCUUGAACGCACGAAUGAAAUUCUUGACCAAAUAUCUAAAGAUGAUAAUAUAAUGCAAACCAACAAAGUUAAACAAGAAGAAACCAUGAACCAACAACAACAAAUGUUUGAAAAUAUUGAACAGCAUCAGAUCGGUAUUCAACAUCAGCAGAAAGAUAUGAACCAACAUUAUAUUGGAAUGAUGGGUUCAGGUCACAUGACCCCACCCAUUAUGAUGCAACAAAUCAACCAAUCACCCCACGUCGCGCACCAUCGGCCAUCCAGCUUUAACCCACAAUUGGGAAACCCCCAGCAUAUUCUACCCCAACCUGGGAAUUCCCCGGACAGAGGAAGUUCUAUGAUGAAACAAUCGAUUAUUACGCCACAGUUGCCAGACCUUCCCAGGUAACCCAACUUAUCCCUGACCCAUCUUACCCCGACCCAUCUUACCCCGACUUAACCUGUCCCGG